AUGUCGUCUAUUUCAAUCGCAACGCUGCAGCGCAUGAGCCGCGACACUCUUGCCGCUCUACUCUCCGCCAGCACACCCACCACCAAACUCGCAAUCAUUGACGUCCGUGACUCCGACCACGUCGGCGGCCACAUCCACUCUUCAACCUGGGUCCCCAGCUCCAGCCUGGAUGUCCGCAUGCCUGAGCUUGUCCGCACUCUCAAAGACACUGAGAAAGUCGUUUUCCACUGCGCACUGAGCCAGCAGCGCGGUCCCUCUGCAGCACUGCGAUAUGCGCGCGAGCGCGAACAAACCUACGGCCCCGAGGAAAGCCAGAAGCAGGAGGUUUAUGUUCUGGACGGCGGUUUUGUGAAGUGGCAGGAGAAAUAUGGGCGAGACAAGAAGCUGACUGAGGCUUACGCUGCUGAUAUCUGGCGUGAGGAUUAG